AUGGGACAAGCUUUCGAGAACUAUAUAAGAGCUGCGGGAGUCCACUCUCAAGACGAUAACGUGGUCACAGCCACUCAAUUUCGCGGCUCUGAGACCGGGGAUGUCGUCCAAACGACCUUUGCCCUCCCCGAGAUCCAGCCCGACGAGGUCCUGGUGAAGGUGACGCACAGCGGCCUCUGCGGCAGCGACAUCCACAUGAUCAAGCUCCCUCUGGUUCUCGGGCACGAAGGAAUCGGCAUAAUCGAACGCACGGGCUCCGCCUGCAGCACCCUAAACCCCGGCGACCGCGUGGGCUGGGGCCCGAUCAACGCGACAUGCGGCAACUGCGAGAUGUGCAUGGCGGGCAAAGACGCGUACUGCCCCCACGCGAAGACGUAUGGGUUCGAGGGAUAUGACACGCAGGGGUCUGUGAUGAGCCAUGCCGUGCGCAAGGAGCAGUGGCUGUUUAAGAUUCCUGAGGGGGUGGCCUCGGAGCAUGCAGCACCGUUGAUGUGCGGCGGCGGAACAGUCUGGGUCCCCCUCGUCGAGCAAUGCAAGCCCUACGAGCCCGUGGGCAUCGUCGGGAUUGGCGGCCUCGGCCAUCUGGCCAUCCAAUUCGCGGCAAAGAUGGGCUGCGACGUGGUCGUCUUCUCCUCGACAGCGGAUAAACGCUCCGAGGCGCUCAAACUCGGCGCGGGCGAAUUCUACGCGACAAAGGGCGUCUCGGACUUCAAGGAGCUCGGCCUGCCCAAACCGAUCGAUCGUUUGAUUGUCACGACCUCGGCGCAGGUGAAUCUCGGACUGUACUACGAGAUCCUGGCGAAGAAUGCAACGAUCCUCCCGCUUUCGGUUGAUUACGGCGAGUUGGUGCUUCCCUAUAUGCCGACUGUGUUGCAUGGGCACAAGGUUGUCGGGAGCUGUGUUUGUAGUCGGUUGCCUCAAACAAAAAUGCUCGACUUUGCAGCCAGACACAAGAUCUCGUGCAUUGUGGAAAAGUAUCCGAUGACAGUGGAGGGAGUCAGCAAGGCUGUCAACCGGUUGAGGGAUGGGCAGAUGCGGUAUCGCGCUGUUAUCGGGUGGGAGUACUAG